AUGUCGUGGGCAGGAUUCAAGAAAAAUGUCAACCGCGCAACGACGCAGGUGAUGAUGAAAACAGGACAUGUCGAGCGCACGAGUGACCGAGACUAUGAACUCGAGGAGCGUCGAUACCGAACAAUGGAGGCUGCGGCCAAUCGAUUGCAAAAGGAGGCAAAAGGAUACUUGGAUUCUUUGCGAGCCAUGACCGCCUCGCAGAUGCGCAUUGCCGAGACUAUUGACGCUUUCUAUGGUGACGCGGGUACUCGCGACGGUGUGAGUCGAAGCUACAGACAAGCGGUUGAAGAUCUCGAUGCGGAGACGAUCAAGGCCCUGGAUGGCCCUUACCGCACAACUGUUCUUGAUCCCAUCUCCCGCUUCUGCGCCUACUUCCCCGACGUCAACGAGUGCAUCAAAAAGCGCAAUCACAAGCUGCUCGAUUACGACGCCAUGCGCGCCAAGGUCAAGAGACUGGUCGAGAAGCCCGACAAGGACGCCUCCAAGCUGCCCCGUACCGAGCGCGAGACCGAACUCGCCAAGCAAGCGUACGAGCAACUCAAUGAACAGCUCUUUACCGAGCUACCGCAACUUAUCGACCUGCGCGUUCCCUACCUGGACCCGAGUUUCGAAGCCUUGGUCAAGAUUCAAUUGCGAUUCUGUGCCGAGGCGUACUCACGGAUGGCGCAGGUACAGCAAUACCUGGAUGCAGAGACAAGAGAUCAGUAUGCUCGGGGUGAUCUAGAUAAUCGGGUAGAGGAGGUGUUGCAGGAGAUUCGGGAGUUGAGCAUUGCUGGCACUGUUUGA